GUCAUGCGAUGUUACUGCUCCUGCGCGAUCAUGAAAAGUCAUGUGACUGGCCUGCCCCCUUCUGCCGCACCACGUCACAUGACCCAGAGCUCGUGCACUGUGACUACCCCGGUGACAGCAGAGACGGCUGAAGCGGUUCAGGAGACAAGAUGUCGGGCAAAGACAGGAUCGAGGUGUUUCCCUCCCGGAUGGCUCAGACCAUCAUGAAAGCUCGUUUGAAAGGGGCCCAAACCGGACGCAACCUGCUGAAGAAGAAGUCCGAUGCCUUAACCAUGCGCUUCCGACAGAUCCUUAGGAAAAUUAUAGAGACCAAGAUGCUGAUGGGAGAGGUUAUGAGGGAAGCCGCCUUCUCACUCGCUGAAGCCAAAUUCACAGCAGGAGAUUUCAGUACAACGGUGAUCCAGAACGUGAAUAAAGCCCAGGUUAAAGUGAGAGCAAAGAGGGACAAUGUAGCAGGUGUCACCUUACCUGUCUUUGAACAUUACCAAGAAGGAGGAGACAGUUAUGAAUUAACUGGUCUUGCGCGGGGCGGAGAGCAACUCGCCAAACUGAAGAGGAACUAUGCGAAGGCUGUGGAGCUAUUGGUGGAACUGGCAUCAUUGCAGACUUCAUUCGUCACAUUGGAUGAAGCCAUUAAAAUCACGAACCGACGUGUUAACGCCAUAGAACAUGUGAUUAUACCUAGAAUUGAACGUACCUUGUCCUACAUUAUUACUGAACUGGAUGAGCGUGAGAGGGAAGAGUUCUACAGAUUAAAAAAGAUCCAGGAGAAGAAGAAAAUCAUCAAAGAAAAAGCAGAAAAGGAGCGCGAGGAGUGGAAUAAUUCUAACGCCAGGUCAUCGGAACCGGUCAACCUCCUCGCGGAAGAUCGUGAUGAAGACCUGCUGUUUGACUAGUCCAGGCUGGAUGAGAACACUCCCAGUUGUAUUAUAAUGUAUUGUCACAGGGUAGGGUCACGCGUAGCGUAUACGCUGCUUAUUUGAGGCAUAUUUCACUUCUAGCAAAGUCUAUGCUGAAAUCCGCAUAUGCAUCAAACACACAGCGUAUACACUACAUGUGACCCUACAUUAAAGGGGUACUCUGGUGAAUAACAACUGGCUCCAGAAAGUUAAACAGAUUUGUAAAUGACUUCUAUUAAAAAAAAUCGUAAUCCUUCCAGUACCUAUCAGCUGCUGAAGUUGAGUUGUUCUUUUCUGUCUGACAACAGUGCUCUCUGCUGACACCUCUGUCUGUCUCAGGAACUGUCCAGAGUAGGAGCAAAUCCCCAUAGCAAACCUCUCCUGCUCUGGACAGUUCCUAAAAUGGACAGAUGUCAGCACUGUGGUCAGACAGAAAAGAACAACUCAACUUCAGCAGCUGAUAAAUAUUGGAAGGAUUAAGAUUUUUUUUUUUUUUAUAGAAUAAUUUACAAAUCUGUUUUUUAACUUUCUGGAGCCACUUGAUAUGAAAAAAAUAGUUUUUCACCGGAGUAACCCUUUAAUGUAUACCUGACGCCAUCUUCAUUCAGCCUGUCGGCAGCGUAAGAAGCAUCGGUCUUCGGUACCAUGUUAGUUGCAGCGCUAACUUAAUGUAUAAUCCCUCACCCACCAUCCUUAAAAUACGGAACAAUUUUAAGUUAUUGUGCUAUUGUCUGUAUUGUGUCAGUAAAAAGUAGAGUUGUGUACAGUAA